AUGGUGUGUGAUGCUGCUAAGUUCAGAAUUCCCUUGCAGAUGCCUUCCUCUCAAUUAAGCGAGCAGACUGCUGUCUUCAUGUAUGAUGGUGAUCAGAUGGUCUCCCUUUCAAACCUCACUGCCAAUGGGAACCCUGUCUUCCUCAGGACCAGAUUUGAGUCCAGCUUCUCCCAGUCCUACCCCAACUGCCAGACCAUGUUUAUAGAAGGUUACUUGGAAGGAAAUGAAGGGGCAAGGAGGGUCCAGUUCCUGAAGUCAAGCAUCCCAUUUUAUGGGGAGAAAUGGACCCAGUCGAACCCAGAAUGCUAUAGGGAAUCUCUGUUGUGGCUCAUUUUAGGAAGUCUUGGUUUCAUUAUGUUGCUGGUGCUUGUGGUGCUCUCAAUCCUUUUCCAUUGUGCUGAGUAUAAAUGCAAGAAGUCCAUGGAUAUCCUGAGAACACUCACUCCCAGGAAUGAUGAACCAAUUCAGGUAUGGAAAUGCCAUGAUGCCCACCUGAAGGAAAGACAAUUUCCUGUCUCACUGCGAUGGGCCCUGUUUUCUCCUCCUUCAGCCCUGAGUCUGAGGUCGGAGGCUGUGCCCUACGGUGCCGAUGUGGAUAGUCUGGAACCACUCAUGGACAAGAGGACUCCACAACCAACAUCUUCCCAGCUGGCAGCCACCCUUCUACCAAUCCUAAGCCACUCCCCUACCUCUUAA